ACACUAUGCACAGUAAACAGUUUCAGAUUUUAUCGUGUGUGUGCAAUUCGUGGAAGAAAAUUUGGUAAUUUGCCAUAAAAUAGUUAAAAACUCUCAUUAACGGCGCUAAAAUGUGUUAAACUUCAGACAUGUUUGAAUAGUGUAAAAUUAACAAUGUAAAAACUGUUGGAUUGAUUUGUUGUGUGUUGUUACAAAAACUGGCCAUAUACACUUGUGCAUACACACAUGCACACAUACAGUGGCAAACGUAGACAAAAUACUAAACCCUCCCUCGACACACGAAUCACUUUUCAGAACCGUGCGCUGGGCCGUCGCGGCAAAGCGACCCACAUAAAGAAAGCGAACAACAGAGCAAAGCAAAACUAAGAGAAGUACUCAUUAAUACACAAACAGACACACACACUUACACAAAUAAAUAUACAGCGAGUGAAAGAGUGCGCUAAUUAAGUAUUCGGAUCAUGGACGAUGCCAACAUACAGGACAAGGAGCGCUUCGCUAGCCGCGAGAAUCAUUGUGAAAUCGAACGACGCCGUCGCAACAAAAUGACCGCCUACAUAACGGAACUCUCGGACAUGGUGCCCACCUGCAGCGCCCUGGCACGCAAGCCCGACAAGCUGACCAUCCUGCGCAUGGCCGUGGCCCACAUGAAGGCGCUGCGUGGCACAGGCAAUACGAGCAGCGAUGGCACCUACAAGCCCUCCUUUCUCACAGAUCAGGAACUCAAGCAUUUAAUCCUAGAGGCAGCCGAUGGCUUUCUAUUUGUCGUGUCCUGUGAUUCGGGCCGUGUGAUCUAUGUGUCCGACUCAGUGACUCCGGUGCUCAACUAUACGCAAAGCGAUUGGUACGGCACUAGCUUGUAUGAGCACAUCCAUCCGGAUGAUAGGGACAAGAUACGCGAACAGCUCUCCACGCAGGAGUCACAGAAUGCGGGCCGCAUCCUGGACCUGAAGUCGGGCACAGUCAAAAAGGAAGGUCAUCAGUCGAGCAUGCGCCUGAGCAUGGGCGCCCGCCGUGGUUUCAUUUGUCGCAUGCGCGUCGGCAAUGUCAAUCCCGACGCCAUGGUCUCUGGCCAUUUGAAUCGCCUGAAGCAGCGCAAUUCGUUGGGUCCCUCCCGGGAUGGCUCCAAUUAUGCUGUGGUCCAUUGCACCGGCUAUAUAAAGAACUGGCCGCCAACGGACAUGUUUCCCAAUGUGCACAUGGAACGCGAUGUCGAUGACAUGGCCUCCCAUUGCUGCCUGGUAGCCAUUGGCCGGCUGCAGGUCACCUCAACGGCUGCCAACGACAUGACCGGCAGCAAUAAUCAGAGCGAGUUCAUCACACGGCAUGCCUUGGAUGGCAAAUUUACGUUUGUGGAUCAGCGUGUACUGCACAUUCUGGGCUAUACGCCCACCGAGCUGCUGGGCAAGAUAUGCUAUGAUUUCUUUCAUCCCGAGGACCAGAGCCACAUGAAGGAGAGCUUCGAUCAGGUGCUCAAGCAGAAGGGACAAAUGUUCUCGCUGCUCUAUCGCGCCCGCGCCAAGAGCUCCGAGUUCGUAUGGCUGCGCACGCAGGCCUAUGCCUUCCUCAAUCCCUACACGGACGAGGUGGAGUACAUUGUGUGCACGAACAGCUCCGGCAAGACGCUGCAUGGCGCCACGCCCGAGCAGCAGCAGCAACAACAGCAGCAGCAGACGGAACAGCAACAUGUUUAUGUGCAGGCGCCGGGCGUCGAUUAUACGCUGCAGCCGCCGCGACGUGAGAUUACACCCACUGGCGGCGAUGGUGGCAUCUAUCAGAUGCACAUGCAGGCGCCGCCGCCACGUCCUGCCUCGGCACAGAAUACACCCGUGGGCUAUAGCUAUGAUGCCACGCACUCGCCCUAUGGCGCCGCAGCGGGCGGCGGACCCUCUCCUCUGGCCAAGCUACCCAAAUCGGGCACCUCGCCCACACCCAAUGCCUGGGGCGCGCGUGGCAUGCCCGGGCAGCAGCCACAGCCAACUUCUACUGAGGCAUAUCCAGCGUAUCAGCAGAGCAGCCCGGCGCGCUCGCCCAGCGGCCCCACAUACACCCAGCUCAGCGCUGGCAAUGGCCAGCAGCAGCAGCAACAACAACAACAGCAGCAGCAGCAACAACAACGUCAGCAACAGCAGCAACAGGCGGCUGCAUAUCAGGCGGGGCCAGCGGCAACGCCUUGGGAUUGGCAAAAUGCGGCCACACACCCGGCCCAUCCGCAUCCACAUCCGCAUCCGCAUGCCCAUCAUCCACAUGCGCAUGCACAUCCAGGCGCUGCAGUCGUUGCGGGCGCACAGCAGCCGCAAGGUCAGGAGUUCUCUGAUAUGCUGCAAAUGCUCGAUCACACCAACACAACUACAUUCGAGGAUCUAAAUAUUAAUAUGUUUAGCACACAAUUCGAGUGAAUGCACAAUGCGCACACUUCCCUCUCCCGCUCUCUCUCUCUCUCUCUCUCAAACACACACACACGUCCACUUGUAACUCGGUUAGGGAUGAGCGCGUGUCAACAAGCUAAGCACGACAUGAAUGUUAUUCUUACAAGCAACAGUUUCUUUGGUGUUCUGUAAAUAUAGUGCAUCUUUAAUUAAAUUGUACAACUUACAGAUAGUAUUUUAUCUGUUUAUUAUUCUAAAAAUUGUAAACAGACAUCUCAAAAUGCGUUAUUAGACUCUUAUAAUUACCAUAUUAUAAAACUUGAGUUGCUAAAAAAAUAACAUUAUUGAAAAAAUGCUCUCAUCGCCAUUUACAUUAUUGCUCAUACACUUCCCGACCUAGUUUUUAGUUGGAAAAAUGUUCUAUUUAUCUACUGGAAGUACUUAUUUCCAAUAUUUGCUUGUGACACGCGCUCAUCUUCACACGACACAAAACUCAGUUUUACUUAUUUUUCAAGUGCAAUCUACAAAAGAAAAAAAGAAUCAUGCUAAAAAAUUAUUGAAAUAUUUUAGCCAGCAUUCAUACAUAUAUAGUAUAUGUAUACGUCAAGUCAGAUAUAAAGCAAAAAUAAAUUGUAAACUCGUAAAUAGGCACUUAGGCACAUAACGGUAGUCACGUACCGUACACGCUGUCGAUAUCGAUAUCAUUGCUCGCUUCCACACGAAAAGCCGCCAAUCCGCACACACACGCAUGCAGGGAGUACACAUAUGUAUGUCUGUUACUCUGCCAAGCAGUGCAAAGUAUUUGAAAUAGCUGUAAAGCAAUCACUCAUGCAAAUUGCAAAGUUCAUUAACGAACAAAAGAAUACAACUUUUAUAUAUGUAUACAUAAUAAAAUAAUUACAUGUGUAAUUCCUAGACUAAUAACAAUUCUACUUGUAAGCACUUGCACACACACACAUUUGCAGAAAUCAUGGGUUGCACUCUUUCUCUCGCCCGCCUACUACAAUUUGCUCGCUGCACUGCAACAUUGACACCAAUUUUUUUUUGUUGCUCAGUUUUUGCUUUUAUUUGUUGUUGCAUGCGGAAAAAACAGUUCAAGUGCAAAUACUGAAAACAAUUAUUGCUUAAUUUUCUUUUUUGUCAAAUUUGUGAAAAUUGCAAGCUCUACUUUUAACGGGUUUGCUAAAAGACGCGCCUCAAAUAACGUUGACAGCGCAUUAUAUAAAUAUUAUUUCCAUAAAACAUUCAUAGUUUUUAACAUACAAAUUAGCAAAUAAAGCGUAUGGUAUACAAAAUAAGAGAAUGAAA